AGCUGGAGUAGGAGGCGAAGGAGCGAGCAGCGGCCAAUAAGCUUGUGAGACGGACAGAGAAGAAGCUGAAGGAGGUGUGCAUGCAGGUGGAGGACGAGCGCCGCCAUUCCGACCAGUACAAGGAACAGAUGGAGAAGGCCAACUCUCGCAUGAAGCAGCUGAAGAGGCAGCUUGAGGAGGCUGAGAAGGAGGCCACACGUGCCAACGCCUACCGCAGGAAGCUGCAGAGGGAGCUGGACGAUGCCACUGAGAGCAGCGAGGGUCUCAGCCGUGAGGUCAACACACUCAAGAGCCGCCUCAGGCGUGGAGGCCCCAUCAGUUUCUCCUCCAGCCGCUCGGGCAGGCGUCAGCUGCAGGUGGAGGGAACAUCGCUCGACCUCCUAUCCGGCGAUGAGGUGGAAAACAAGACCACGGACGCCAAUGCCAACGAGACGCCAGCAGCUCCCCAACCAGAGUAGACGCGCUCCCUCCAGCCCACACGCAGCAUGGCCUCCGCCCCCACAAACCUUACCCCUGUCCUCCUAACCCCAGACACCAGCAGUGGACCCCACUACUCUGCCUUACCCCUCUAUGACAAGCUGCAGGGCCAAGCAAAUCCAUCAUCUCCUCCUUAUGAAUAUACCGCACAUCAAGCCUUGGAUUUGUUUUUUAACAUCAAUUGCAGAUAAAAGUGCAUUUAAAUUGCAUAGGCGUCUGAGUGUGCAUCGGCACUCGAAAACAAAUAGCAGGAGUUUACCAUAAUGAUGUUAAGCUACUUCCCUGGAACAGCCAUUAGAAUCAAACAGCCCUCUAGCUAGAAUUAACCACUGUCAUUUCAGCUGGUUUACUGGCACUCAGGUGGACGACUGCACACAAGUCGGUAAAAACAUGUGUCUUUCAUGAUUGUACAGUAUUGGACCAGGAUAUGUAAAACAAAGCACAGCAAUACGAGAGGGAAUUAUUUUUAAAUGGUAGCCUAAAUGAUGAUCCCACAGAAAUGUUUUCAUCAAAACCACCACUGUCAUAGAGAUACUGCAAUCCACUUAGUUUAGUAUAAAAAUAGCUGUAGCAGGUUUGUAGGAAAUUAGAUUGUUGCCAUGUUGCCUCAGCAUUCCCCCUGUAUAUAUGACCAGCAAAAGACCCUGUUAACUUUACCAAUAUAACCUUGUCCAAUAACCCACCAUUUUAUAUUUGACAUAUCAAUCUACUUUAAGUGGUGUACGAUAAUGUGUGGAAUUAGGUUUGUCAGACUUGGAGCAAAGGCCUUUUUUUAGACAGACAGCCCAAAUGUGUGCUUGUCAUACUAUAAUAUUGCUAUGUAUAAUUUUGGAUAUUCAGUUAUGUUUUCUGUACCAUGUACAAAAUACUUAAGUCAAAAAGGUCUCUUUGACAUCUCGUGUCACCUUUCAAUGCAUUACAAAUGGCUGAAUAAUAUUAGCAUGAUUUACAGAAGGGUAAAUCAGAUCCCACCCUGACCAACCAAAACAUAGAAACAUACAAAGCAAACUAUGGUCAGGGUGUGACAGGUUCAGGGAAGAGCAAUCGAUCAAUUUGAAUAUGCACACUUGUUGAUGUCUUGAUUAUUAAAUGUUAAACAUAAAUGACCAUUUUGUAAAUUACAUAUUUGAGGCAUUUAUUAUUUUAAAUCGUAAAAAGUUUGGGGAAAAAAGGUUUAUCUGUUUCUCUUGAAAGACACUUCUCAAUAAAGACAUGAGGAGAAAAAAAGUGUAUAGUGUUUGAACCAGUUUCAUAGCUUUAGUGUCAUAUUAUACCAUAAGCACCUCUCCCAUCAUGUUGGUGUGAACCAGUGUUAUAACAGAAUGAUUUAUGGAGCCUUCUGUCUGCCUGGCAGAAAGUAGGAUUUCAUUGGGUUCAAAGCUUUAACAUCCUGAAGGUUGUUAUUAUUAGUGGACUGGCUGUUGACGACCAGGUAUUCAUCAUCUCCUUUUAUUUCUUGUAUUUCUAGACUUUUGUUGUUGUUGUUGUAAAAGACCAAUAAACAUAUCCAUUAUAAAAAGUA